UAACCGAAGAUGGUGAAAUUGGCCCUGAGACGUCAUUGUAUUGACUCUGCCAAUAAAAGAUUUGAAUUUAUAAUAAAAUAUAGUGAUUAAUUAAUCUGGGUUGAAUUAAAUCCGUCUAAAGUCACUAGAUUGACAAAGGGCCAAUUUCGAAGAUGAUGAAAUUGGCCCAAAGUACCGCAAUUUUGAUCAUAAGAUUGGAGCAAAAAUAGUGUCAGUGCACUAUCUACACUAUCUGACGCCAUUUUCGCUCCAAUCUUACGAUCAAAAUUGCGAAACAUAAUAAUGAGUGACGCCAUAUUUCUCGAUAUCGAUGAUUCUAUAAAAAUGAGAAAUUUGUUAUUACCAGAUAAAGAUAGAGAUGCUUUAAAUCAGCAGAUGGACGAUUUAAUGAAACAAUUUGAUUCGAAAACGUCUAUCCUCGUACAACCUACUCCUGGUAUCUGUGUAAAAACUAAAACAGCUGACAGAGAAAAGGUUUUUGUAAACAUAUGUGUAUCUGAUAAAAUUCCACCACCAGAAGAUAUAUCUGAUAUCAAACUAUUAGAACUUUUAGAUGAUGAAGUACCUAAUUAUGUUAUACCGAUGAGUAUAUGUGCUGAAAGGAUGGAAGCUGAUAAGUCUGGUGUACCAAGUGCAACAUAUGAUGUUAUGAUAAAUGAAGCAUAUUUUAAAAAGUGUCAAGAGAAAAAACAUUUCAUGGCAUUUACAAUAUUAGUUGUAUUGAGUGGAGUGGCAGAUAAAUUUGAAAAGAAACUUGAUACAGAAAAUUAUGUUAUUCUUAAAAAUCGAACAGUAAUGGGGAAAUUGCAGCAGCAUAGAAUAGAAAAUCGUGAGCUUAAAAAACCGCGAGAUCGCAAGCCAUUGAUUGAAGAAAUUUCAAGUUCUAUGAUACCUAUUGUUAACACAACUAAUAUACAAGAUAAAAAUACAGCACAAAAAAUGGAUUAUGUAAUUUUAAAAAAACCAUUAAAAGGUCCAGCAGAACAAUUAAUAGUUUUAUUUGACAUGUCAAGAACCGUUUCAGUUAAAGAUGUAGUAGUACUGAUUAAUUCUGAUCGCAUAAAUGUUACGGAUAAGAAAGCUUAUCGUUCUUAUGAUAUUUUACUUCCAUAUACACUUGAAGCAAAUAGUGCAAAAGCCUUUUUGGAUUAUAGUAUUAUGAUAUUACGAAUAGAUACAUUAAUAAGACAAAAAUAAAAAGUAUGAAUUAAAUGAUUAAAAUGUGAUUCUACUUUCGUCAUUACCUCUCUAAAAAAUUUUAAUUUUAUUAAAAUAAUUAAAGUUUUAUUAUAUUUU